AUUUGCAGUUAUCCUAUUUUCCGCAUUUCAAAAUCUUUAUUUUUCUUUUUUCCCCCAUGAAUACAACUUUAUCAACCUCUGUUGAAAAAUAUCCUGAAGCUUAUGAUGGUUGCUUAGAUUGUGUUAGUUAUGCAAUUACCUGUACUUUUAAUAGAAGAGGUACACUUUUAGCAGUUGGAUGUAAUGAUGGUCGAAUAAUUAUUUGGGAUUUUAUUACAAGGUGCAUUGCCAAAAUCAUACAAGCUCAUACUCACCCAGUUUGUUCUUUAAGCUGGAGUCGGAAUGGCUACAAACUUUUAUCAGCUGGAACCGACAACUUGGUUUGUAUUUGGGACAUUCUAAGCGGGGAAUGCCUCAACAGAUUCAGAUUUCCUGCCCUUAUAGCUAAAGUUCAAUUCAACCCUAGGAACGACUCCCAAGUUUUGGUGUGCCUCAUUAAGCAUCCCCCGGUUCUGCUGAAUUUGAAAAGCAAGAGACACAUAACCGUGCCGCUAGACGAAGAGACUCAUCAGCAAGAUCUCAAUAUAGUGGCUUCCUUUGACCGUCGCGGAACUCAUAUCUACACUGGAAACGCUCGCGGAAAAGUUCUGAUAUUCGACUCAAAGGCCGUCAAAGACUCGAAUCCUAAGAACGGGAAGAAUAGCGCGAACGCUGACCCGAUUAGCAAGAGGGAUCCUUGCCCAGAUGACGACGAUUCGGAAGAGAAAACUCUCCGAUUGGUCGCGUGUUUCAAAACAAGUUCCGGGGGAAUUACCACUUCCGGAAACGCCAUUAAGGCCAUCGAAUUUGCCAAAAGGGGAGAAAACUUUUUGGUGUGUACCGCCGACCGCGUUAUACGCAUAUACAACGCUGAUAUAGCUUUGGAUUGCGGAACGGCGCGGCAAAAGGGCACGGCUGCUCCUCACCACAAUAAUCAUAAAAACGACAAAACCCAGAACGAACACGAGAAUAGGGAUAAUAAGGAUAAUAAUAACAACAGCAAGGAAGCUAAGGAGAAUUCGGGAUUCCUGACCAACGCGAAUAGCACUGUCGAGCUGGAACCUAUCCAGAAGCUCUGCGAUUUAGUCAACAGGACCCAGUGGAAGAGCUGCUGUUUUUCGGGCGGGCGGAGUUCGCUGCCAGAGUUGGGCGAAAAUUCUUCCGCCGCGCACAAUAAUGGCGGAAAUAAUCAUAAUAAUGGUGCCAGCGAUAGCAAAAAUAUGCACAAUUCAUCCAGCAGCAGGUACGUUUGUGCGGGUUCGGCCAAGCAACAUUCCAUAUACAUUUGGGAACUGUCUACUUCUAACCUCGUCAAAAUACUGCACGGUACCAAAGGGGAAAUCUUGUUGGAUUUAGCCUGGCAUCCAAAUAGGGGCGUCAUCGCGAGCGUGAGCGGCGGUGGGGCGGGUAGCGUUGCCCUCUGGUCGCACCCGAGAAUCGAAAACUGGUCCGCGUUUGCGCCCGAUUUUAGGGAAUUGGACGAUAACGUGGAAUACCUAGAAAGGGAAAGCGAAUUCGACCUCUCCGAUCAGGAUUCGGUUGAUACCAAGGCGGAUAAAGAGCGUUUCAAAAGGAAAAGACAAAAGGUCGAAAUUUUCAAAGCUAAAUCUAUCGUUGGUGGAACAAAUGGGGACUUAGUGAAGGCGGUAAAUUCCGAUCAAGUCGAAAAUGGAUUUGCGGAAGAGGAAAGUGAAGAUGACGAUCUUGAGAACGAGGAAAGAUUCGUAGAUGUCACGACAGUGGAACCCCUUCCCAUAUACCUGAGCAGCGACGAGGAAGAAUUGGACGUGUUGAAAACGAACCAAGAGGCCUUGCUAUACCUUCCCACGGCUCCAGAAAUUGAGGAUCCUGAGGAAUCUGUCCAUAUGGCCUCCAACACUUCAGCAGAUCACAUGGAUUUGUCGAACAACUCAACUGCACGCGAUAUCAAACAAAGCGAAAUUCGCUCCGUCGACUCUAAAGGUGACAGUGCUGGAGAUGACUCGAGGAAAAGCUCGAUUACCACUUCUAUUCCGCCUAUUCUAGAUAUUCACCCCAUAGUUCAAACUCUCAAGAAAAAAGUUCAGGAAAGUAAUAAAGCUGCCGAAAAUAUAGCUAAAACCGAAUCGCCGCCAUCUUUUCAUGCUGAUAUCAAAGAAGUUCUAAAAGUUACUAACGCGCCCAUUUUAGUUCCUACCCCUCCCACUAUAAAUACUAACCUAGACGAUACUAACCCCUCUACUACUUCAAAUCAAACAACUAUAUUAACCUCGUCGACGUCAUAUAACGAGAAAACGAUCGCCAGUAAUAUUAACAUCUUACCGCCCACCCUCAAAUUCAGCAGAACUUCGUCCAAUAAUUUGCCGCAAUUACCCAACACCGUUUUGCAGUCAACGUCGACGCCAUCCGUCGAAUCUAAACCUUCCAACACUCCGCCACAAUGAACGCAAACCUUUAUACACACAGAAUGAUUAUUUGUUUUACUAUUUAUUUUGAAAAAAUGUUUGUAAAUAAAGUAUUGUUUUUUUUUUAAAUUAUAUAUUUCUUUAUUUUGCAUAAUAUAAAAAGUUAAUUUAUUAUUAGUAUAAAAUAUAAA